CUUGCAACAUCGGUUCAGUGCUGCCCAUCGCGCAGGCCUGCGCGCACGUUCUCGUCGUUCUCAAUACGCAUUUACAAACACGGUGUUUCGUUUACAAAUUGAUAUCACGGUUGAGAACCCCUCAAAAAUUCUCACCAGCUAACGAGACGAGAUAGUGACGAGGUGACGACGUGAAACGCUCGAUUUAUGGAAAGUUCAUCCGUACUACCUGGAAAGAAGUAUACCUUUAACGUUCCUACAAUGAGGCUGGAGUAAAACGUUGGAGUAAAUAGAAGCAGCAAAAAUGUUAUUUUCGAUAGCAGCCCAAGUACCGGCUGCACACGUAUUCGUCGAAUGACACGGUUAUGACCGUUGGUAACCAGGUGGAUACCUGCACCAACCUGCGAUUGUUCCACAUGCUUUUCCAAUGCGUGGGUUCUUCUGCAACUUGGUCCUCGCACUUGUCAUUAUGCAGUUAUCAAGAAUCGCCUGAUCCAGCGAUACAUCACGGAUAUGCUACUUCAGGAAUGGCAAACCAAAGACAACCUGCCACCGCGCGAUCAUUCGUUAUUGGCCUGCAAGUGGUAGCGUUUUGUACAAGCACGUUUCGGUGGGAGAGCGAACGAUGAAACGUCUCUAAUUGGACGUUCAAGCUGACAAACAAGUAAGAUCAUAGAUUUCGUUACCUCUAUAGGUACUGCAAAAUAGCAAAGGUCGAAAAAGUAACAAAAGUCAACUCGUCAGGACGGAUAUUUCGUAUAUCGUAGGUACCCUCCUAUCGUAUACGUUGCAGUUUGUCGCAAGAAUCGUUCGAGUAGAGUUCGUCACGGCAUCCGAUGCCCCGGUACGCUGAAGACGGUCUCGCUACACGACCACUGGCUGGUAAACGUCAUUGCAGAAUGUGUUAACAGUAAGGAAAAUCGGUAAUUCCUUCGAUUCGAGACGUAGUGGGAAUAACCGAAUCAUUUGAGUUAAAAUCGCGGAUCGAAGCAUCAAGCAGUGGGUAGAGGUCAACGAGAACGUUUUUUUUUCGAAAGCAAGGUUACCGAGUGAACAAGUGACGGGUUACUGGAAAACGCGCUUCGAUAGCGGUACAACGAUUAAAACGUGCACACCUUGCCGAAUCAAAAUGGCGUGCAGGCAUGACAGCUAGAGUGGGGUACGUGAGAACUAUUAUAGCGCACCUCCGACAGGCUGACUUCGCUCUGGCGAAUAACCGACACAUGAGAAAAAAAAGUCUUUCGUCGCUACGUCUUUAGACGGCACAACGAGUAUCGAUCGGAUUUUGUUGUCCGGAAAUUUUCCAACGGUCAAAAUCGUUUUCGAAACACGCGUUCAGCACUGGCGAUAUAACCGUGUGCCGGUUGACUAACGUUUAUUUUUAGCAAAGGCGAAAGAUCGCGAAAACCGGUUUCAAGUCCACACUCUGCAGGUUAUCCUUUGAGGACGGGGUGACUCGAGGGACGAUAUUAUAAGAGGAAAAAGACGCACGAAAGAAGUCGUGAGGGAGAGGAAGGGAACCCGAUACAAAGGUACUAAGCUGCGAGAGUACGCGGAAGAAGAGGCGAAAGUAGCAACGGACUGACGGACACUCGGUUGUCGAGUGUGCAGCCGGGAGGAGUGGAAUCGUUUGAGAAUCAUCGCCUAACGGCCGUUGCGGGCUGUCCACCGCGUGGAACUUACUAUGCUGUACAUAUUGAUUGCAGUUGGGGGAAUACCGUAUAGGUACACAAGUUAGGCGGUAGCCCGAGGCCAAUCAGGUUACAGCCGUACGAACAAAGUCUCGAAAGUAGGCGCGUCCCAACGUCCGCCGCAAUCCAUGGUAUUUAUUUUCUGACAAUCGGCCAGCUUUCGUUGCAAAGGCAUUGGGAAAGCUUCCAAAACGUAACGGAACCUAUCUUACACUAUCGUCGACGAGGAUGAAUGAUGCAGCGUUGUUGUUUUCGACGGAACACGACUCAGUGUUUGAUAAUUCAUUCGCCGCGUGUAUGUCCGAUCCGACGGGCGAUCUGGCAGGUGUUGUUCGUAUAUUUUGAUUAAAGAAAGCAGCGACAGAAGAAGGAAAAUCGAGGAAACAACAAGCAAAUGCGUAUACGCUACAAAUGGAAACUCUUUGUCACAUAUCUUUUACGGAAAAACAUGUGAUUCUUUUUUACGAAGCAUAAGAAAACGGUCCUUUACGGAAAAAUAAGAAGAGCUAAUACGGAGAACAGUGAAGCCCGAUAUUUCAAUAUGAUCGACUUGUAUUUGGCUUGAGGCAGUUCACGAGGGCGGUGGGCACGUCAAAGGGUUGAAAACCUCCAAAGCAUUUCGAGACCCAAAUCAAGAUAGAACCGAGUUCUCGAGUUGACCAGGAAAACUGCUGUGGUAUUGAUAGGGGACAAUAGUUGGCAGCGUGCCUUUGUGAUUUGUGUCGCGGCGGUGGUCAAAACUUAACUCGACUGUGAUCAGUGGAACUUGACUAAUAAAUAUUAAAACACCGGUGAGUCUACAUCUGUGGACUGCAACGGCUAAACUUCAAACUUAUGCCGGUCGAUAUCUGUGGCGUUCAAUUGUUACGGUACCUGCAGCCUGCAAAGCCUGUUACGGGUUGAUAAAUAACCUUUCAAGAAGACGAGAAGAAUAGUGUAAAUUGAAAAGCAUACAUACUUAAUAUAUCUGAAAUCGUUGAUCGAUAUUUAAAAAUAAAAAGUACAAUCAUAUUUGCCGUGAUUUUGAAGAUUCAUUCUGUGGUAUGCCUGAACAAAUAAUAACAACUGAACAGGGAUAAAAGUUUUAAGUGUUUUUGCGUUGGGUUUUGAAUAUACCAAAUGUUAAUUCACUUCGGGUUCAAAUUAAAUGUCACAGGGCUUAAAAGAAACUUGAAAAACUAAAUACCGACGUGGAUCCGCGCACAGGCAUAUAUUUAAAAGCAAAUAGCUCGGCGAAAGGAGGAAAGGUUUUGCUUCGGAUGAGAGGAGUCGGAAAAGAGGCUUAAAAAUCAGCGGAAGAAAAUCAAAAUACAAAAACAGACAAAACGAUUUGACAAAUCUUGGUUUUCUAAGUCUUACUGAGGCCUGAAUUGAAGAUUCAGUAUCGAACGGUAUGAAGAAUGGCAGAAUCGAACAACCACCACCAAAGUCAUCGAGGUAUGAUGACUGUGCAACCAACGUUGGAUGAAAAACGUGCAGUAGCAGCACGUGGUGCUGCUGGGGUUCUGGCCGUCGGCGUUUUAGCUCUCGUUCUGCAAUCUGCUGCGGCGGCAACGCCUACUUGGGGUUACUUCUCAAAUCCUGAUGCUGGUUCCGCAGCAGAAAACGGAUACUUUGGGCCUUGGCGACAAUGCAAACAGCUGCUCUACGGCAGAGAAAGAUGCGGUUCAGCGGUAUCCAGGUUUCAACCGGUCGUGGCUGUAUGGGUGGCUGGUCUUUCAGCAACCGGAGCAUCCGUUCUAUUGGCGAUAUUUGUCGUCUUGAGUGUUAUUCAAUUAGCGAUGGCUUCUUCGGCGAAGAGGAUCCUCAUGUCCUACAGUACGGCAUUGAUUGCCAAAGUGGCGCUCGCUACUCUCGCAACUCUGCUUGCCAUCGUAGCGUCUGGUUUAUUCGCUCUGCAGACCGACGAUAGAGCCAACAGUUUUCUCAUCACACGGGGAGAAGCUUUUUACAUGCAGCUGGCGGCAAUCGCAUUGAACUUUGGCGUUCUGGUGUCCGCUGUCUAUGAGGGCAUUUACGCACGGAGAGGUGGUGACCCGACUAAACUUCGAGACGUUCAUACCUCUCAUGGUAACACGAUUGACAAUCCGGGAUACCGGGAAGCCCAUUACCCCACGAAUGGGGGUGGUAUUUCAAUGACCGACGCCAGUGGUAAGCCUCACCCCGGUGGUGCCGGAAACGGAUCGAUGGCAUCGGUGGCAACGUCCGGCAGCGCAGCCAGCACUUCAUCCCCCCUUAGAAGCUCCCUGAAGAAGCCAAAACCGAUGGGUAUACCGAAUCCAGGAUUUUCCUCGCACAGUCCGACUUUAUCAAGAAAUGGAUCUCAGAAAAAGGUACGAAUUCAGACACAUUCCACGGAAGUUUGAGACCCGAUAAGUAACGAUCGUCAAAAAUAAGCUAGCCCAAGUUACCCGCUAUAAAUCUGGCUUAGUUAGUUAUAGGUACGGAUUCGUUUUGCACACUUGGUUGGAUGGUAGUGGUUUGACGCUCGUCAACCUAUAUUCAAUCUAAAAUCGAGCCUUGUGAUCAUAAUAAGGGGAACAUUAGACGGUGUUAUGAAAGUAAGUUUACACGUUGAUGAUUUGAUUGCGGUUAUACAGCUGCAGGUAUUACAACAAUCAUGUGCGUGAAACGGAUGCCGUCGUCCGAAUGUUAGAAAUAUGUUUAUCGCUAUGUUGUUACACGUACUGUAAGUACGUACAGUGAUCCGAAAAAUUUUAUGAGACAUCCACAGCCAUCUUUUGCUUCGAAGUCUAGUUUCAGCCUAAGAAUCUUUUGUCAUCAAAAAGCCUCGAAACCCUGCGAGAAAUUUUCGGGCUAUACGGCAAGACCAUACGGGGUCAUUUGGUCGUUGCAUGAACAGUGGCAGUCUUGUUCACCAAAUGAAUAAAUGGCCCCGUAUAAUAUAUGAUUAAUAUGGAUCUAAUUACGAACAAAUGAAUAUACGGGCCGAUCUACGAACCUUCGGCUAGCUUUUUAAGGUCACUAUCGAUUCGGCUGAACUUUGGGUACGUCUCAGAGUCCAAUUCUUCGGCCUUCAUUCCUCGUCGUUUUCGAAAAUACUUCGGUUCAUUUUAUCACUUUUUUAAUUGCAAAUUUGUCUUCGAAUUUUUAGGAUUUUCUGCCGUCGGAAAAAAGUUAUGACCUAAUGUGAUUUUUGUGUAUAAAAGUCUGAUCUUUCCGAAUAAGAAAUACUUUGUGAGAGUCAUUUAUAUAUGAAGGGUCAGGAAAUAAAUUGUUCUCUUUCGACUUUGAAAAUUUCAGGAUAUACUUCAAAACGUUUGCUUUUUGAAACAAGAUAUAAAACCAGUUUCUAGGAAAAGGAAUACUAAAAAUUGAAGUAUUUUCAUAACUCAGCGUACACUAUACGUAUUUGAAUCUAAAAUUUUAUCCUAAAAAACUGGCCGAAGGUUCGUGGAUUGGCUCAUACACAGGCACACAUGCAUCUAUGGGACAGUGAUUUUCUAAUCGUGCAAUAUUUUAAAACCUGCGAUACAAUUGAAGAAUAGUCAAGUGUUACCUUACCUAUCAGAUUGCAUUAGAAAUGCUCGUUGUGAUCCGAGUGAUAAUUUUCCCAACUAUUCGUACCUGGCGCACUGGUAAAAACAGAAUUACAUGCAAAUACAGGAACAUGUGCAGCUAUCCAACUAUAUCUAUACAUACAUUUUCGUACGCAUUAUGCGAAUGUUGCGGUUAACGAAAACAGAAUCAUUGUUAUAUUUCUAUUUAUAUACGACUUUUUUCCGUAACCAAGUAAUAUUUAAGAUUCGCGUACUUAUAGGAUAAAAUAUAUGCCUUUGCUACUUACUCGCAAAAUAUCCGUCCAGUCCGAAUAAGGGCAGCUACUGUUUUGGCUGUCAUACGGGCAAGAAAUAUAUUACACGUUAUAUGUAUGUCUAAUACAUAGUGUAUACUAGUAUAUAUUUAUAUUAUUACUAACUCAUGUACCUACAUGUAGCAUGUAAGCUUCAUUCAAAAUUUAAAACGGAAAGAAUUUUUAUCAACAGCAUCGUUGCUGUUAUCAUUCACGUCGAGUAUUAUUAUUAUCAAUAUUUGUCUUAUUGCUAUUUUUUAUUAUUAUUAUUAUUAUUA